AAUGUACACAUUCAGGCCUGUGAAGUGAUCCGUUGAGGGUUUGUCUUCCAACACUUUUUUUGUUGACAAAAUGCCAUAUUUGGAGUGGCGAGGCAAAUUCAGCCCUGUUGCAGUCUGCUGUUUAAAAAGAGGGAGGACAUUAUCCGGAUGUGACGUCAGCGGAAUUCCCCGCAACGCCUGGUUGAGAAACUAUUGAAGCUUCUCAAGAGAUUUGUGUGCGUGUGUUGAGACACUCGAGUGUAUGAGCGUAGAUAUUCGUCUUUUUUUUGUUUGUUUUUUUUACUUCGUUUUUUAUUUUUUUUGCAUUUCACAGCGGCGUCACGCGCAGUUUUUUUUAUUUUUUUUUUAACUUUCAUUUUCGUCGCUCUGGUGCUUCUUGUUGUUUAAGUGGACGCGUUUUGGUGGUUCGUCCUUGCGUCUUGGUGGACUUUGUGCUUUGUUGUGUUGUGUUUUUACGUGCGUGAUGGCGGAAGCUACCGUUGUUGUUUUUAUUUUUUGGGGGGGGACCACUCUGAACUGCAACUCUGCAUGUUGACACCAUUGUUGUAAAAGCGAGGGAUGGACGGACAAGGCCGAGUGGCGGAUGAGUUUGUGUGCCCCGAGGCGCUGCGAGGGCCUUUGAGCUCCCAGCAGGACACCGUGGAGAGGAUAUUCGGCGUGUCGUUCACCAUCGGCGCCGGCAACACGCCGUACGGCGCCGGCGGGCAGAUGUGGCUGCAACUGCGAGGGUCGGACCGCGACGUGAAAGCGGCAAAGAUGUUCGUGCGAGGUCUUGUGACCCAGGAGGAGCACCAGGAGGUGUCUUAUCCCGCCGUCCUCAACUGCGUCUUCUGCGGUGCCAGAGGCUUCUUCAUGGACUGCAUGAUCAAGAGCACUUCAGCGCACAUUGCGGUGGUCUCUCCGGGCGUCCUGCUCAUAUCUGGUCUUGCCGAGCCUGUGGUGUGUGCCUAUUCCCGCGUCGCAGACCUUUUGGAGCGAUAUAAGUGGGGGCAGGCUAGCUCCUCGGACACUGACGAACGAGGUUCGGGUGAGCUGUGUUAUUCUCGCCGGGCCUUCAAAGCUCUGGUGGAGAAACGGGAGGACCGCCACAUUCUGGACCUCCUCGUGUUGCCGAGAUCUGUGAAGGAAGCGCUGCUGGACUUGGUGAAGGACGCAGAGCUUGUGUCUAACCUGACGCCAGGUCAAGCGGAAGAAGGAUCGCAUGAGAGUAGCCGCUCCGGGACGACUUUGGGUGGCCCAGGGGAAGACCAAAGUGAGGCUCCGCGGGAGGCGGCAGAAGAGAAGCGGCCGGAGCGGGUGGCGACGCCAGCUGAGGUGGGCGGACGUCACGCCGACGGUGCGGGCUGCGCGCAACCCAAGGGGGACGACGACUUUGUGCUGGGAGUGUUGAAGCAAGCUGCCGUGAGCUGCGGCUACACGGAGCACAAGGUGGCGCAGGCUUGCAGCAUGUUGCUGGACGGAUCCACCCACCUGCUGCUCAUGGAGCUGCAGAAGGAGAUAGAAGACUCAGUGAAGAAGGGUCAGAAACCUGCAGUGGCGAAGGAGAAUGAGAGAAGAGUCCCUUUUGGGCCAGUCGGGAGGCAAGACACGAGGGAUUCAGAAGAACCGAAUCAAACAGAACCUGGUGCAAAUCCAGAUUUGGUGUGUACGAAUGAAGCCCUACCGCCUCCACGUCCCGAUCCUGUUAAAGGGCCACCGGGGCCAACGUACGCUCACAUCCCGUGCCCGAAACCCAAGCGCUGCCCAAACGCAGCGCUCCAAGCUCAGCGCUCUCUCACCGGAUCCGGGGAAAGCGGCGGUGCGCCCGGCGUUCCCUCGGUGGUGGUGACGGGCAAGCAGCGCUUCCUGGAGGGUCUGCAGACACCCUUUAAACUCCAGCUAACGGACCGACCGGGGAACCCCAAGCUGAGGACUGUCAUCAUAGACGGCAGCAACGUGGCCAUGAGUCACGGGCGGAGCCACUUCUUCUCGUGUCGAGGCAUCGCUUUGGCCGUUCAGCACUUUUGGGAGCGAGGUCAUCGGCAGAUCAGCGCCCUGUUGCCCCAGUGGCGGCAGAAGAGCGACUCCCGCAUCAGAGCCACAGAGCAGCACUUUCUCGGCGAGCUGCAGAAGCUGGGCCUGCUCUCCUUCACGCCCUCCAGGGAGGUCCUGGGCACCAGGAUCAGCUCGUACGACGACAGACUCAUGCUGCAACUGGCGCAAAAGACAGAAGGCGUGAUCGUGACUAACGACAAUCUGAGGGACCUUUUGGAUGAGUCGGUCGAGUGGAGGGACAUCAUCAAAAAGAGACUGCUUCAGUACACAUUUGUUGGCGAUCAUUUCAUGGUUCCGGAUGACCCGCUUGGAAGAGGGGGACCUCAUUUGGACCACUUCCUCAGUUUGGAGCACAGGACACCCGACCCGGGGAACCACUCGUUUGCCGGUGUAGCCACGAACUCCUCUCCCGUUAAUCCUCCGAGCUCACAAAUACAAGUCCACAACUUCCCUGGCACUCUGAAUGGAGCAGAUGAAGGGAGCCAGAGCCACGGGCAAGAGAUGGGACGGGUAGCGGGACACCAGCACGCAAAGUCAGGCUACCGAGGUCCUGCCGACCGGACGAUGGAGGCCACGGCGAGCCUGAGAGAGCGUCUUUGUCAGGUGUUUCCCGGCCAGGACAACACGGUGAUGCUGGUUCUGCAGAGCAACCCGACAGAGAACGACCUCAAUGUGCUUUCGGCCCUUCUUCUGGAGUAGGAGAUGAAACUGCAAAUCUGCUGUGCACCAGCGUGUCCACUAGAGGCCGCACUCAAAGCAUUUUACAUUUAUCAACUGAAUGACUUGGCAGCCGCCGUUUGCAUCUAUUUUGAGCAAUAUCCUCACCAAAACUCCGAAGCAGUUUUUAAUUCCGAGAAAUCAAUCAUUUAAAAUCAGCAUCAACCCACAAGGUGUUUAUGUUUCACUGCACUGAGGCGGAUGAAGCGACCUUUGUGUUUUGACCCUGUCGACCGGUUACGAGCAUCCUCAGGUCUACGUGCGGGCCCGCUGAGCACGAAGCAUCUUGCAACGGUGUGUGUGUGUGUGUGUGUGUGUUUGUAAAAUGGCUUGUUUGACCACGCAGGCGGAUGCAGAGAAACAAUAAAUCAGACAGAGGCACAUUUUCUUCAUUCAUAUGUUCGAAAGCAUUUUCAACCCCAAAACAAACUUUGAUUUACUUAUGUUUCUCAUUUCUCCACAAUAAAUAUAAAUAAAGCA